UGAGAGACUGAGAGAAGAAGACAGACUGAGAGAGUUGGCCACAAUACUUGAGCAAGAGAAAGAGAAACUCAUUGAAGAAGAAAAGAAGAGGAAAAAGAAAGAGGAGGAUAGACUGACCGAACUGGCCAAAGCAGCUGAAAAAGAGAAAGAGAGACUGAUGGAACAAGAAAAGAAGAGAGAAAUGGUGGAGGGAGAGAUAAAGAGAAAGGAAAAUGACUUGGCCAAAGAACUUGAGAAAGAGAAAAAGAGACUGAUGGAAAAAGAAAGGAACAUGGAAAAGAUGCAGAGUGAGAGACUGAGAGAAGAAGACAGACUGAGAGAGUUGGCCACAGUACUUAAGCAAGAGAAAGAGAAACUCAUUGAAGAAGAAAAGAAGAUAGAGAUCAAGAAAAGGAAAGAGGAGGAUAGACUGAUAGAGCUGGCCAAAGCAGCUGAAAAAGAGAAACUGAUGGAAGAAGAGAAAAAGAGCGAAAAGCUAAAGGACAGAACACGGCCAAGGGAGAUGGCCAAGGUACUGGAGAAAGAUAGAAUGGUGGAAGAAGAAAGGAAGAGAGACAUGGGGGAGAGAGAGAGAAAGAGACAAGAAGGUCUGUUCAGAAAGUUGGUCACAGCAUUCGAGAAAGAGAAAGAGAGACUGAGGGAAGAAGAAAGGAAGAGAGAAAUGGUAGAGAGAGAGAGAAAGACAGAAGAAGGCCUGUUAAGAGAGGUGGUCAUAGCGUUCGAGAAAGAGAAAGAGAGGCUGAGGGAAGAGAGGAAAUUGGAGAUCGAAAGACAGAGAGAGGAGGACCAUAGGCUGGCCAUGGUUGUUGAGAAAACGAAAGAGAAGCUGGUAGAAGCAGAGAGAAGAAGAGAAAAGGUGAUUAGAGAGACAAAGAAAUGGGAAAACAGACUGACAGAGUUGCUCGCAGUGAUUGAAAAAGAGAAAGAAAGACAGAUGGAAGAAAAAAGGAAGAGACAACAGUUGGAGAUUGAGAGAAAGAAAGAGGAGGACCAAUUUAGAGAGUUGAUCAAAGUUAUUGAGAAAGAGAAGGUCAGACUGAGGGAAGAAGAAAGCAGGAGAGAACCAGUGAAAGGUGAGAGAAUGAGAGGGGAAGAACAAUCAAGGUAUUUGGCCACAGUAACUGAGAAAGAGCAACUGAUGGAUGAAGAAUGGAGGAGAGGAAAUAUGGAGAAAGACAGAAAAAGAGAGGAAGACCCUCUGGUUGAAUUGAAGAGAGAGAAUGAGCCAUACAGAAUGAAAGAAGUCAUGACUAAAAAAUAGAGAGAGACAGAAGGCAAGAAGACCAACUGAGACAUUUAGAAAUUGAGGGGUUCAAAGAAAAGGAGAAACUGAUUGAAGAACAGAAAAGAAACAAAAUGGACAGAAAAAUGGAAGAUGGGAAAGUUGGGGAUUUGCAGAUAAAAAAGGAACAGAAUGAAACAGAAAAAGCAAAACAGAUAGAGAAAGAGCUUGACAUUGAGAAGAGGUGUGAGAAAGAAACACUGAAUGAAGAGAUGAAGGCAACAGACACGGAGAGCCAGAGCAUGAGCGAAGAAACAAUGAGGAAGAAAGAAAGAAAGAACAACGGAAUUGAGGUGGUGAGUGAGACAAAGGAAGACAAAAGGAAUGAGUUGAACCCUUCAACAGACAUACAGAAAGUGAGGCUGGUGGAAGAAAAUGGCAAGAGGGAAGAGAUGGAGAGCGAAAGUGAGAAAAAACACAUUAAGCAGAAGCAGAAAGAAGCAGGAAAAAAGACAGAAGAAGAGUUGGAAAUGGAGAGGAAGAGGGAAGAGAAAAUUAGAUGGGAGGAGCUGAGAAGGAAAGAGCUUGAGAUUUGGAGUGAAGAGACGGACAGAAAGUGGCAUGACAACCUGCAAACGCAAUGGCGAGAGAUAGAGAGAGAACAACAAAAACAGGUAGAGAAAGAGCUUGGAAUGGCAGAAGGAGAUGAGAUGGAGAGCGAAAGUGAGAAAAAACACAUUCAGCAGAAGCAGAAAGAAGCAGGAAAAAAGACAGAAGAAGAGUUGGAAAUGGAGAGGAAGAGGGAAGAGAAAAUUAGAUGGGAGGAGCUGAGAAAGAAAGAGCUUGAGAUUUGGAGUGAAGAGACGGACAGAAAGUGGCAUGACAACCUGCAAACGCAAUGGCGAGAGAUAGAGAGAGAACAACAAAAACAGGUAGAGAAAGAGCUUGGAAUGGCAGAAGGAGACGAGAUGGAGAGCAAAAGUGAGAAAAAACACAUUCAGCAGAAGCAGAAAAAAGCAGGAAAAAAGACAGAAGAAGAGUUGGAAACGGAGAGGAAGAGGGAAGAGAAAAUUAGAUGGGAGGAGCUGAGAAAGAAAGAGCUUGAGAUUUGGAGUGAAGAGACGGACAGAAAGUGGCAUGACAACCUGCAAACGCAAUGGCGAGAGAUAGAGAGAGAACAACAAAAACAGGUAGAGAAAGAGCUUGGAAUGGCAGAAAGAGACGAGAUGGAGAGCGAAAGUGAGAAAAAACACAUUCAGCAGAAGCAGAAAGAAGCAGGAAAAAAGACAGAAGAAGAGUUGGAAACGGAGAGGAAGAGGGAAGAGAAAAUUAGAUGGGAGGAGCUGAGAAAGAAAGAGCUUGAGAUUUGGAGUGAAGAGACGGACAGAAAGUGGCAUGACAACGUGCAAACGCAAUGGCGAAAGAUAGAGAGAGAACAACAAAAACAGGUAGAGAAAGAGCUUGGAAUGGCAGAAAGAGAAGAGAUGGAGAGACAGAAAAUCAAUGAAGGGGGGGCCCAUGGGACACAAAGAGUAGAGAUAGAGAAACAACAAAUGGGAGCAGAAGUAAAGUCUCCCCACUCACAACCUUCAGAUGACUCUGCUAUUCACAAUGUGCAGGGCCAAGCUCAAUCUGAUCAGGAGGUCCCCCCUGAGAAGAAUAUGAAGGACAAGAAAGGGUCCUUCCUCAACUCCAUGGGGAGGGCCUUAAAAAAGACCAUGUACUGGAGCACUGAGCUAGCUGAGCGCAGGAGGCAGCGUCAGCUCGACAAGGAGAGGAGGUUCGAGGAGCAAGCUGAGCUCAGGAGGCAACAUAAGUUCGACAAGAAGAGGGAGCUCAAGGAGCAAGCUGAGCUCAGGAGGCAACAUAAGCUCGACAAGGAAAGGGAGCUCAAGGAGGAAGAUGAGCUUUGGAGGCAACAAAAGCUCGACAAGAAGAGGGAGCUCAAGGAGCACGCUGAGCUCAGGAGGCAACAUAAGCUCGACAAGGAAAGGGAGCUCAAGAAGCAAGCUGAGUUCAGGAGGCAACAUAAGCUCGACAAGGAAAGGGAGCUUAAGGAGCAAGCUGAGCUCAGGAGGCAACAUAAACUCGACAAGGAAAGGGAGCUCAAGAAGCAAGCUGAGCUCAGGAGGCAACAUAAGCUCGACAAGGAAAGGGAGCUCAAGGAGCAAGCUGAGCUCAGGAGGCAACAUAAGCUCGACAAGGAAAGGGAGCUCAAGAAAAAGUGGAUGUCCUAAAACAGGGUGUCCUAAAACUCUGGCAGAAACAGGCAGAGAAACACGCCAGAGAAUAAGCUCUCCAUGCUGCCAGAAUGAAGAAAGCUUAGACUCCAUACACUCCUCCUCAGACGAUGCCAAUUUCUUCAAGUCCGCCGAUGAUACAGGCUUUCCCGACGGCUGCAAAGACUGCUGCCUCAGCAACGGGAGCUCAAACUUAACUCUCUACUCCGGUCUUGGCUGUCCCAAAGGAGAAUGCACAGACUCCCAGUGCUGUCCCAACACCGGUUAGUGUUCCACAGCAUAACACAACAAUGAGAGCUCAAACCCAACACACUACUACAGUCUCCUCCAACCGAAAGGACAAUGUGCAGACUCCCAGUGGUGAUUCAAUGCCGGCUACUGCUUCAAAGCAAAACUCAAACAUUUCUGAUGCUACUAUGCCAGUGGCUACUGGCAUGAAGGCGAAAGCAAAGACCCACAAUACUGUGCCUGGGACUGCCAAACGUAAGGGAAAUGGACGGAGCCAAAAUGGCACUGCCUGCCUGAGCAAUGCCUCCAAAGGUACCCAGUCUUCAAGAUAUAAACAUGGAUAUGGAAAUAUCUAUAGAUUUAUAUAAAUAAACAAUCAAACAAACAAACAAAUAAAUUAAAAUUUCAAAUGCACCUUUUUAUUGUGUUUUUUGAACCCCACACUAGAGUUUAUUAAAGGAGCAACAGACUUUUUUGUUUGGGAGUAUUUUGGCCAUCAGACAUAUGGCCAAAAUAUAUGUGAGAUAUUACCCCUAGCAACUGUCCUGUUCAUGUGCAUCACAACAACACACUGUGGUCAAAGCUGCACAGUUCCCCUUGCUAUUUAGGGUCACGUAAAAUGUUGACACCUACUAAAGCCUGCGCCGACUAUCAUGUC